AUUUGUGCUGAAUGGGAUCUCGUCGUUCAGUUAAUUCGAAUUCGAAACCAUGAUCUGUACCAACCAWACGUACUGUAAGAGCACCGAUCAACUGAUCACGUGUGUCCUGACGUCACAAUACAGCAAUGACUUCGAGCGAUCCAUUCCCACCGCUGCGACCAUCGCCCUUAUUGUUCUUAACMUACUUUUUGCCAUUGAAGCAGCCCUACUGAACCUYCUGAUAGUUAUUGCAAUAAUKUCCACCCCGAAGCUACAGACGCCUACAUUCAUCUUGCUGUGCAAUCUCGCCUUGACUGAUUUCUUCAUCAGCGUUGUCAUUGGUCCRUUUGAGAUCAUGUAUCUAGUCACCAGGGCAUUAMAGCAAUAUGAYAUGUUCUGUACGGCGUGGAAAGUCCUUGUUGCUUUGAGCUAUACUCUGUGUCCUGCGUCGUUAUACACGAUCACAUGCAUCAGUUACGACCGUUAUYUAUCACUUGUAAUGCGAGUUAAUUAUAAGUCAGUGGUGACGAAGAAAAAGUCUAUUUACCUCGUGAUAUGYAUAUGGGUGUGGUCAAUCUUAGGUGCRACUCUUAUGAGUAUUCUUGGCAAGGGACCUUUUUUGAUUCUCGUAUGUUGUGUAGCAUUUCUGUGUUUGGCUGUCAUCGGAGACUGCUAUUWUAUGUCAUUCAAUGCAAUUAAAGAGAGACAACUUGAGAUUAAGUCAUCAGUUUCACUGACGGAUAAAGAACAUAGCCCAAAUAUCACAUCUGAUGACGUCGGAAAGGAUAACUACGUCAUAAAAUCACGUKAUGAUAAGAACGCCUUGAAUAAGGAAGAAGUAGAAACUGUAGAGAACUUUGGCCAAAAAACAAGUCAAGAUCCACCGAAAGUGAGAUACCUUAAAGUGAAUAAAGAUAUUGGAAGUGUCAUUGAGAAGAUUGAGUUYAACGACGAGUCGAAAGAAAUWAAGACAUGUAAAUUUGAAAGGAAUAUUUUGGACGAGCACCUUUCCAGCACCACUCAACAUCACCUUGUGAAAGAGACAACAAGAACGUCGUUYGUGAAAAAUUCAGCACUUCUCACAGACGUUGAACAAUUUCGRAGAACCCUUCAUACAAUACUAAUUAUUGUAUGCGUGCUGUUUCUUUGCUUCUUGCCUUAUUUGGUCGUAAGCACCCUUGUAACUCUGGAUGUUAUUAACAUAGGAGUUGCUUGGGACGUAGCCUGUAUCAUCGUGUAUAUAAAUUCGUCUAUCAGCCCUAUAAUACUCUGUACUAGAAUAGUCAACGUUAGGAAAGCAUGUCUUAGAAUUCUUAGGAAAAUAUGCUGAACUAAGUUCUACGGUCCUAGCAUUCUAAGAAAAAUCUGAUUCCAGAAAAACUGUUAUAUCGAAGCUGUGUAGCACUUACCACUACUUGUCUAAAGCUUAACAAUAGUUACUUUUCAUUGAUGUAUAUAUUAAUAGUUUUUAAUAUAAAUUGAAU